CAAGCACCACGGCUGCCGAUGAUACCUGCCAAAACCCAGUGUCGACCUUCCAUUCACUCGCUGUACCGCGCCCUCACACACAAUUGGGUCUUGUCGGCGUUUGCGUUGCGGUAUAUCCAUUCGUCGCUUCUAGCCGCGCCGUUACAACAUGAGGUCGGGCCUCAGGUUGCUGGCUAAUGUCAAGCCAGCUCGGUAUCUCGAGCCGUUGGCGCCCACCGGCUUGACUGGUUUACUCACACACCCCAGUCCUCGCUCGACACUCAUCUUCCUCUAUAGCAGGACUCUCGAAAAGCUCAAGACUUUACCAGAGUCGUCGGUCUAUCGCCAAUCCACCGAGGCUCUUACCCGUCACCGCCUACAAAUUAUCGAGUCCGCCAAGCCCCCAGGCUUCGAUGCAUGGCUAGAGCGCGUGAAGAAAGUUAUCGCAGAGAACCCAGGGCAAUUCCAAAAAGCUCGUCUUCCGGAUGGCACCUUUGCCGGUCUUCAACGAGACGAUUCCCACGCCGGACGACGUGCACAUGAAUGGGAUGGAAUUGUGGGACCCAUGACUGAAGGUCCUAACCGAACACCAGAGGAAAUUGCUCAAUGGGAGGCCAUCAUGGAGGAAGCAACUACGCCCAAGCAUGAAUCCGAUUUCGAUGAGGAGACCAUCAAUUGGGAGAGCGAACCCGCCCUGGAGGCCGAACAGAUUGCCGACAUCGAGAAUAAAAUUGGUGCUGGCCUGAUUGAAGAAGUUAUUCAAGUUGCCGAGGGCGAGUUGAAGCUUGUAGACGAGUUGGCCAAGUCACAAGUAUGGGAAGAACUUGCUGAAAAGCCACGUCCCGGUCAAUGGACCUAUUUUGAACGUGACACACAUACUCCUGGAAAGCCAUAGACAACCUCAAAUGCGGAAGGAAUUACAUGUAUUUAUAACCUAUAACAACCUUUGCCUUGAGGGCCCCUUCCCUAUGUCUUGAGUCGUUAUUUAUAACUGCGAUCAAUCCAAUUAGAUGUUAGACACUGAGUUGCGUCGGAACACCAGUUCGUAACGUAGAUAACGGUUUCGUUUUAGGCUGUUCUGGAUUGAUUGACGCUCAUUUUCGUGAUCCCGGAGGUCAUAGUUAACACGCUUUUACGCUUCAUAUAAUUGCCACCUUCCAUUCAAUUGGAGCGUCUUGAUAAAUUUACAUUCCAUCUCUUAUCCUGUCAAUUAGUGGUUUCUGCCAUGUUUUCA